AUGGUUAUGCAAGUUCUCAUUGGGCUGGCUUUUCCACAAGCCCACACCGCCUCAACGCAUCGACUCUCCCAUAUCUCUGGAGACCAUCACCCUCCUUCCUCCCACCUCGCUCCGAGCAUGCCCUCCAAGCAAACGCUUUCACCUCAAAACCACCAUUGCCCUUGCCAAUCCACAAUGCUCUCCCUACACUUCAACACGAUGAUCUUCCUCUUUACCAACACCCUCACCCUCCCUCUCCUCACAACCUCAAUACCAGCACCCAACACAAACCAAACGUCAAAAAUCCAUCCCCCAGCACUAGCCCAUCUCCCAACGUCAAUCCUCCCGCACGCCCUGGAAGCCGACACAUGUCCCACACCACCCACGGAAUUCUUACCCUAUGCGCCUCCGCCCGGUUACACACCCGCGCCUGGCUGCCCGCUGGCGAGCGAGGGGACGCAGCCGAGUGAGAACGAUCCGCCGGCGGGGGUUUACGGGGGAAGUGGGAGUGGGAGUGGGUCUUCUGGGAGCACGGCGUCUGCGGAGACGAGUCAGGCGGGGAGGUUGAAGGCGAUGGGUGCGGCGGGGAGGGUUGUACUGGCGGUUCUGGGGUGGAGGGGGUUGAAGUGGUGUGUGGGUUGGGGUGCUCCGUGA